CCGUUAGGUUGGCGUCCUGUGUAAUGAUAAUCGCGCUAUCUCUGUCUUUCUAGUUCGUACCGUGUUAUACGUCAUCAUACGUAUCUCUCGCUUUGGCUAGAAGUUUAGUCUCAGCUCAGUGUGGCACGCAACUAUCUCAGGGGGAAAAAAAAGCUACAUGCCCUUUCACUCUUUCUCGUUUGAUGGUCCUUUUCCACAGCUAGAUGCUGUUUCUCUUUUUUUCUUGCACAUCGUCACUUUUGGGCGCCAUUUCGAACGUUGAUUUGCCGGUGGUAUUCGGAAUGUUUUCGCAAUAGACUUGCGCCCGAAUUACGCUGCUCGUUCCAAACUAAUUGAACUGCUGAACCGUGACCGUCCGGCUGCCAGGAUGGGUGACAACAAACCGCCCAAGCGUGGAUUCGGCUUCGGGUGCCGGGAGACGCCCGACAUUUAUGACAAAUUUCUUCAGGAGCUCGGAUACUACCGCAAGCACACGGCGUUGGAUACGUCCUCGCUGUUCCGUGUCGUUUCCGAGCAGCAGCACGGCAUCCAGAAAUACCAUGAGAAAGUUCGCAAGGACUGCGUAAUGUACAUGCACAGCCACAAGGCACAAUUCGUAAAGGACAUAAAGUGGGGAUUCGAAGCAUACAUGAACAAUAUGAGCCGGAUGCGCACACACGGCACCCUGCUGGAGCUGAAGGCCUUGGCGCUGCUUUACAACGCCAAUGUGCUCCUGUUCGAACCGUUCGCCGAGGCUAAGUGGUUCCUGCACAGCGCGGCCAACGAUACGGUUUGGCGAGUUUUCUACGGCCGAAACAAUCAUUUCGAUUCAAUUUACACCACGGAAUACAUGAUCAAUAUGGCCGAAUGUCAAUCGAUAGUGUACGACAUACUGUACACCAGGGUGCUGGGCGUGCCGGACGUGCAGUACGCCGUCGAGCGGAUGCUGCACGAUCCCGACGACACGAAGACCACGUACAGCGAGGAUGAGGAGGGUCGCCAGAUCGCCACCACCGAGGAUGGCCGCCAACUGGUGCUGAGCCAGCCGCACGAAACCAAGUGCGUGCUGAUCUAUUCGCACCUGUGCCACUUUCACAACAGCACCAGCUUCGACGCGAUCCAGCGGUUCUUUGCCGUGUACGGUUCGGACGAGGGGUACCGGGUGUACAUUGGGCCGCACGUGCGCCGCGGCGCGAAGAAGUCGAACCCGCUGCUGGCGGACGCGAAGCUUUCCUGCGUCCGGCAGCUGCUGGAAAUGUGCAUCACGCCGUUCCCGUACAAGGUGGCCAAAGCGCUCGAUCGCAACAUCUACCGUAACGUGGAGUUCGACGUGUGGUACGAAAUACGGGCGGAGAAGUGGAGUGCUUUCUUUUUGGAGCAGAUGGGAAACAAAGAAGAUGGCGCUAAAAGCAUCCAAGACAUGAAACAAAUCAUACCGUCCGGUGAAAUUAUGCAUGAAGGCUAUCGUAGAGGAGGCGAGCGUGUUCGAUUCGCCAACACCCAACACCCAUUCAUAGAAUCGACAGUGGUGAAGGACGUCACCGGGAUCGUGUCGGAACAGGACCCCUCGGCACAGCAUGUGCAUCCGUUCGGUGUAGCCGAUCCGCACCUAUCACUCGCACCGUAUCCAAUUCCCCAGUACUAUCUCCCGUCGCCGGACCAGUACGGCGGCAUCAACACGGUUAGUGUGAUGGCCUGCGACCAGGCGCAACUGGCUUACGGCGACACCAACGGACGGCAGCCAUCACCCAGGCUGGGGGGUUGCGUGUUUCAUCCAGUCUACCCUACUGCGACCACUCCACUGAAUUUCACUGCUCCGCCCGGACUGAGUCAGCAGCAGCCGCCUCCGCCGCCAUCCAUGUUGGCAAACAACGACCAACAGCUGGCAACAACAGAACAGCCACCACAGCAACAACUGCCCUUUGUGGCAAGCUCCGCGAUGCAUCAAAUGACAAACGAUUUUUUGCUACUGUACGAUCUCUAUCAACAACAGCUGCUGCAGCAGCAGCAGCAACAGCAAUCAGACUCGCAAUCACAACCGCAGCAGAUCACCCCGUACGCACCAAUUGCUGGUCAUGCGCCGUACAUACAUGGGUGCUUCUAUCACUGCGUACCGAAUGGGGCUGAUGCCAACAAUCCUGGCACGUUAGCUGUUCCGUACGAUACGAGCAAUCCGUACAAUUCGCCGCCACCGGUUGGCGGUAAUCCAUAUUGGCCCAACAUUUGAACUAUUGUGUCUGCUGGUGCUUCCUUGACCUCUCCCUGCAUUCGAUUCACUCCAUUAUGUUUUGGUGUUUGACAUUCUAUCAUGCACCUUUUUUUAAAAAUAUGAAAUGCUCUGCGUUGAUUUUUUGGCGAUUUCGAAGACAUUUAUUUUUAGCAUAUUUGCAUUAGCAGUUGAUAUUCACGACGCAUGUGCAUUCAGUGGUAUUUGACUUCGAAAGUCGCGCAUUGAAGUGGAAAAUCCACUGUACUCAUUUUUUAUACUUCUUUAUAUCACUUGUUAUGACUCAUCGUGUUAUAACUACAUUUUAUUAACUCGUUUCACAUUCAUUAACCACGGAAGUGAGAAAGCAUAGAUUGCUUUAAAAAGGAUUUAACAAAAUUUGAUUUAUUUUUUCACACGCGUUUGCUCACCAGCGAAGGGAACAUUGUGCGUUCCCUCUUGGCGCACGUGGCGCACAGCAAAAGUUACUUUUUUACAAUAUUUCAUUGUACGAUUAAGAAUGCAUUAUAAAUGAAUUCCAGAGCAAUAAACUGCAUGCAAACAAA